AUGCUAUUGUUUUAUUGCACUGCCACCUGCUAUCUUCGUCAAGUGUACCGCUCACCUGAAUCCAGUCCCUUCCGACGCCACUCUUCCAGGCCGGAUGCUUCACCUCAGUCUGCCUCUUCAGACUGUCGUUCUGAUCUCUACCCGGACCCAGAUCAGUCUCAUCUGGCGGACUGGUCACACCGUAGACCUCGUCACCUCUUGGAGCGGAAGCUCUGCUCUGCCGACAAUGAUGAGGACGAUGAGUAUGAUGAUGAAGAGGUGGAUGAAAGAGGAGAUGAUCCGAAAGUCUGGAAGAACAAUGGAGCAUUGCUCGCGUCCUCGGAGAGGAGGGAAGCAAACCUCUCGACUUUGCACGACAACAAGGCCCACAGCGACUCCUUUGGGUGUGCUGAUGAUGAUCCCGACGAUCUUACUUUUGCCUCGGCAGUGAAUAAGAAACUCGUGGUGGGCAAGAGUGCUUCACAGGCUGAGGAUAGGAGGUCUGCAAGUGGUGAUGACGGUGGUCGAGGUACCGAUGAGAGCGAUAUCGGUACCAAAAUGGUACCGGCGAAUGGCAAGCCGAUGUCUCGCCUAGAAGCCGCCUUGCGAAGGGCAGAAGAAGCCCAGGAGCGCCGACGCCAAGUGAUUACUUAG